GUCUCAGGUACAUGGACAUGAAUGCAAAUUAAAAUAUUGAAAAGACUGCUACUGACAACAACAUCACAAUGCUGAAACUUAUUUUUCUGAUCAUCUUUACAAUAUGUGUCACCACAGAUGCAUGUAACCCAAAAACAAAUAAGAAAUUACAGAAAGCCCUGACAGAUUAUGUUAGUAACUUUAAUGCGGGAAACUGGAGUGCUGUGGCAGAUCUCUAUGCAGAUAAUGCAACCAUGGCAACAGCUGGUGAUUUCUUUCGUGGAAAGGAAGCAAUAAAGCAAUUCUACAUUAAUAAGUUUGGUGGUAAGGAUUAUGUGAUGACACCUUACAACACGGAGUAUGACUGCUCUAGAAACAUUGUCGUGACAAGCGAAGAGUGUGAAAUAAAAACACAAACUGGCCAGUUGGUUAUAUCAGUGAGAUUUAUAAGGGUGCUCCGGAGAAUUAAUGGGAAGUGGAAAUCUAUUCGAGAAAUGGACACGCCAAUGUAAUACAUAAAGUAAUAAAGUAAUAAUACAUAAAUUUGAAUGAAUGCAAAUAUUGAUAACUCUCUAUUCAAAUAUACAUUUAAUGUAGACACAUACAUUUUAUUGUACUUAAUUUAGGAAUACAAAUCAAUAAUAGAAAUUGAAAAUAACAAUA